CCCUCAGUGACUUUUGAGCCACCGUGUAUAUAAUAAACGCAUACAUCCAUAACUUGCCCGUCUCCUAACGCUUGAGGAAAAGUUAUCUCCCGUUACGGUAGUAGCUCUUUUAUGUGGUUCGACAUCAUUUCGUCUAACGUCGUCGCUGCCGCCGCCAUCAUCAUCACCAUUACCAGCAACAACAGCAGCAGCAGCACAAGUCCACCGAGUAUGACGGCGACAUCUGUUCUUUGAGGUUGUUUUUUGGGCAUCAUGACACAACCUUAUUUCGUUUCAACAACAACCACAACAGCACCAACUACAACUACUACACCAUCGACUAUUGCUGCAUCGAACAUCACUUGUGUAGCACCUGCUCCAACACCAUCAUCAUCAUCAUCCUCUUCUUCUUCCACCGUCACCACAUCUUCGUCUUCUUCUGUAUCAUCUCUACCCCAUCCAUUACAAUCGCCAUCGUCGCUCUCAUCUUCAUUGUUAACGUCAACCGCUGCCGCUACAAAAACGUUCACUAAUUCUAGUUCUUGUAGUAGUGGCGGUGGUAGUAGUAAUAAGAGUAGCAAUACCACCACAACAACAUUAACUACUACUACUACUACAACUAGUAAUAAUAAUAAUAAUAAUACAACUACAACAACAACUACGCACGGAGCAUCGCACACCAAUAUCGAGAAUAACCGACAACAACAACAACAUCAUCACUAUCUCUAUAACCACUUUCCUCCGCAGUUUUACCAUCAUCAUCAUAAUCAUCAGUACCAACACCAACGUUACCGUUAUCGCUACCAACAGUACAACAACAACUUCAACAACUACUACAGUAAAUUCUACGGCAAGCCGUUUGGCGUUAGGAGAAGAAUGGAGAACACGUAUGGAUGUUCGGUUGGUGCCGUCGCUUCUGUGACUGCUUCUGGCGUCACGGCGGAGGCUGCCAGCACUGAGACAGACAAUAAUUGUUCAGGUCUUAUCACCGAGGCCGGUGUGGAUAUUGCUGGCCACUACAGCGGAGCGGCUUUGUCCACCUAUGAAAGGACAGGCAAGUCACUGCAUUAUAAUCCGAAAAUGGCCAUUGCAAGAGAAUUUGUCUUUUGUACACUAGGAACAUUCUGCUCUCAGCGUGAUAUUGGUUCACCUCCCGCCUGCCUUGAUGCUCUUGGUGGCUCUGGUUUGGCUGGUAUUCAGUGGAAGAAGUUCUUGGGUAAGAAGGCCCAUGUGACUAUAACAGACCGAAACAACCUCGACUUAUUAGAGGCAAACUGCUACCGUAACAGCAUGUUACCGAAGGAACUGCCAAUAGACUACAGUCGAGCACCUGGUCUCCCUCUUCCGCACCAACUCAUCGACGAAAUAUUUGUGCAGCAAGUCUCUGCAAAUGUUAUUAUGCACCUGGAGGCAUUUGAUUUCAUAUUUAUUGAUGCACACGGGAGUUGUGUGUCAUACCUUGAUGCAGCGUUCACCAAUAUUCGGAACAACGGCCUGCUGUGUAUUGUGUCUUCAGAUUUGUCUGCCUUAUUUGCCAAAACAAGACAUGUGGCAAUGAGGAAUUAUGGUGCCAAUGUCAUAAAGAAUGACUACAUGAAGGAAGCUGCCGUAAGAGUGGUAAUCGGUGCCGCAGCCAAAUCUGCAGCAAAAUGCAGCAAAGGUAUCCAGGUGAUGUUUGGCGUGUGCGUCGAGCCAUUUGUGUUGGUUGUAAUUAAAGUGCAGCGUGGUCCCUAUUAUGCAGACAUGUGCUCUCUGAAAGUCCGUCCUCUAAUACACUGUCAGAUCUGUGAAGAGAGAGCUUUUUGUCCUGAAAUGCGGGCAAGUGUUGAAAACCUCUAUGAUCUUCUUCCUUGUGAUUGUCAAUCAGAAACUCCUGGUAAAACAGCAUUAAAACUUGGCCCCAUGUGGUGUGAUAACAUAUUCAAUGCCAAGUUUGUCGAACAGAUGAUAUCAGUUGCUAGAGAUAUGAAACUCAGUGAGCGCCUUGAGGCCCAACUUAGUUCAAUUUUUAAUGAAUGCAUUUGUAGUUCAAGUCCUGUAGAUUCCAGCUCAUCUUCAAAGAAUUGCCAGUCUUCGUCUUCACCAUCACCGUCACAUUCUGUCUUGUUGUCUUAUCCUUCACUGUCCGCUCAGCAGCACAACGAGAGGUCAGCCCUUAACAGUUUGAAACGCAAGACUUCGUCAUCGGCACCUGCGGCUUCUUUGCUGUCCUCGUCAAGCACCUCACUCUCAAGGACUGUGUCCGGCAACCCCAUUGAUAACAACGUAGAAACCAACAGCAACAACAACAAAAAUAAUAAUAGUAAUAAUAAAAGUAAUAAUAAUAAUAAUAAUAAAAAUAAUAAUAAUAAUAAUGAUAAUAAUACUACCACAACUACUACUUCUACUGCUGCUACUGCUGCUGCUUCAGUUGAUGUGGGCCCAGCAACAUCUGAGAAUUCAGCAAUUGGAAAUGGUGAUGGUGCUAUUGUCGACGCCAAUGCAAGUGAAAUGACGGCCAACAUGAAGGGUGCUGUGUCUGUUACUGUCGUGUCAACGUCUUCCGAUCCCCACGGCAACUUGAAAAUGGACUUCGCUGUAGACAGGAGUGCGAGAAAUUGUCAAAAUCUCACCAAUGAGCCCCCUAUAAAGAGGAUUUGUCUUCCUGAUCCUGACCCAAGCCCUGUACUGGCUAUGCCACCCUUUUUCUAUAACAUCCACAAACGCAAGUUCAAAGGUGUUUUCCUCCCCAAAUUGUCCAAGAUGGUUUAUCUGCUCCAAAGUGAGGGCUUCCGAGCUAGUCGCACUGUAUUUGACACCUAUGGCAUCCGAACUAAUGCCAACCAGAAAGAAAUCUACAGGACUUUGUUGAAGUAUUGUAAACAAGAGCCUUAAUAGUAACAACAACAUUAACAAGAACAACAACAAAAACAACAAUAAUAAUGAAAAUGAUGAUGAUGAUGACGAAUGGGAUGAUAAUGAUUUCUAAUAAUAAAGAUGAUGACAAUAAUAAUAACAAUAACAGUAAUAUUAAUAAUAGUAAUAAUAAUAAUGAUAAUAAUCACAGUCUUGCUUUUGGAGUGGAUUUGAAGUGGAUUUGAACUCCUGAUCAGAUGUGGACAAUGUGACUUACCCGAUCCACUCUGCCACUGAUUCCUACUUUUAACUUCUGUGGUCCGUACAGCUCCAGGGUUGGCACCAGAACAUCACUUCCACCUCUGUCUUUCUUUCUUUCUCUCCUGCCCCACCCCCACCUUGUUGUUCCUUCGCUUCGGCAUCACGAUUAUCAUGACGACAACGAGGUAGAUGAUAAUAACAAUGAUGAUGAUGAUGAUGAUGAAGAAGCUGGAAGGGUCAUAGGCAGAGGAGAGAGGAGAAGGGGGCAAAUGUAUUUCUCACUCUUUUUCUGCCCCUUAAAAGUAACAAUAACAACAACAAGGAAAGAAAAACAGUAAAAAAAAAGGGGAGGUGGGGCUGAAAACCUUAAAAGCUAAAUUGUUAUGUAGUUUGAAACUGAGGCUGGUUAGGUUAAGGGUUGUGGUUGAGGGCCAGGAGUAUUUCCCUGACCUGUAGCUGGUGUAAUGUGUGGACAGGGCUGUUAUGGUCAGUGAGAUAUAGCCUGCAGGAUUGAAUCAAUGGGGUUUUCUUCAGUGUGAUGGGGUGGUUGUGGUCAGUUUGGAUGUGGUCAUUGGAUGGAAUCUGAGAUGUGGACAGUAGAGGUGUACGCAUGUCAGCAGUAACGGCUUUGAUUUAAUAUAUCAGCUGGAAAACUAUGGAAUAGUUUAUCUUGGACAAUCAUGUGUGUGUGUGUGUGUGUGUGUGUGUGUGUGAGUAUAUAUGAAUACAUACAUAUAUAUAUAUAUAUAUCCUUUAAUGUACACUAUAAAAAUGCAAGCUACUAAUAGUUUCUUCCUUUGGAGACCUGGGUCUAGGCAGGUUUUUAUAACAUGCCUGGUGUCUCCAAUGCAAGAAACUACGAGUAGCUCAUAUCUUUAUACUGCAUACAUUAAAUGAUAUCUCUCACUCGAUGGAGUACUUUUGUUGAUCUUACCUUAACGGAACAAUAAAUUAUAUAUAUAUAUAUCUAUAAAGUCAACCCAAAAAGUGUCUACACUCUUCAGAAAAAGUAAAAUCUAUAUAAAUAUUUUAAUUUGGUGUUAUUGCAAUUUGAUAAAACAUUGAAAGAGAUAUUUAUCUUCAUAGGGCUACUUAAUAUUUAUACAGAUCUUUUCCUCUCCUGAAGAGUGCACACAUUCUUUUGGCAGCUUGUAUGUGUGUAUAUAUAUAUAUAUAUGCACAUGUAUGUAUCCAUACACAUUGCUUUAUUUUGAAGGAAUGAGAAAAGAGUGCUCAAUACAUGUUGUAGAAGAUAUGUUUUUUUCUUUUACUGAAACUGGAGCAGAGAGUUUGUCUCAUGACUUGAGCUUUCAUACCACUGCCUGAAGAUUGCAGUGGCAUGAAACUUGAGUUACAUAACAAACUCUUAACUUAAGUUUUAAUAAAGAAAUUAUUAUAUACCUCAGACCAGCGAUUUGAAUUUGUUUUGAAGGUGACUCAGGAGUACGGUGCUGAAGAGCUGAAAUCGCAGCAAAAUAUCAAUAGUUCACUUACUGGGCGAUUCAUUUUAGCUGGUUUUGAGGUAUUCAGUGUUUUUGAAAACUUCAUGUCAUAAAGGGAUUUUUCUUGGAUGAAAUCCAGCAGCCAAAAGCAUUUAAUCAAAACAUAUUAAAUAAGUGGCAUCAAUAAUUCUUGUCUUAUUAGAGUUGCUUCUAAUAAAAAUUCUAUACAUAUGUAUGUGUGUAUGUAUGUUUGUGUAUAUAUAUAUAUAUAUAUAUAUUAGCAUGGAAAACGGACGCUAAAUGAAAAUGAUGUCUGUGUGUGCUUUUCCUUGUGUUUGUGUGUUUACAAUGUAAUUUGUGUUUGUUGGUUUCCUCUUCUAUUUGAGAACAUAUAAUGAGGUUGUGAUUGUACUGCUGUAACAUGGGCAUGUACUUUGAUGUAACUGUACUGUGCUGUGGUUUCAACUUCGACUGUUUUCCAAGAAGUCACAGCCCAAUGUCGUUGCGUUGCUAGAAUCAACUGACUUCAGGUGCCCUAAAAUAUUUCUGAACCUGUGCCUAAAUUAGACUCAAAAGAAAGUUGAGUUAUGUCCCUUUAUGUUCUGAGUUCAAAUCCUGCCAGGACCACACUUGGUAUUUUUAUUUUCAACCUAACCCUGCCUCCACCCCCACCUACAAACUCCUGGUCUCUGUGCCAGUGUAAAAAAUUAUUAUUACUAUUAUUAUUAUUAUUAUUAUUAUUAUUGUUAUUAUUAUUAUAAUUAUCUGUGUCUAAUGAUGGUACACUCAAUGUUACUCUGCCUUUCUUCCCUGGCCCUUCACCAUCUAAAACAUUGAGAAGGUUGUAACAGACUUGUAGCAGUUUUCUUCUUUAAAUUGGUCUUCCUCCUCCCCCACCUCCCUAUUUCCUUCUCCUCCUCUUUCUCUUGCUAGAAUCUCUGGAUUAAAAUAAAUUUUAGGUUAUUUAUAUUA